CUCACAUAGUCAUAGUCAUAGUCAUUGAACACACGAGGCAGCUUGAGACUACCAGCGGUUUGGUUUCAAUGACGAUAAUUUCCGAUUCUACGGUUUGACGUGUGGAUUAGCAGCCGGCAAGGGAGGCGGCGGCUGAGAUUCCCCACAGGCCACACAAAGCCACGUGCAACAAACUUGGCCAUUCAGACGUGUAGCACAAAACUUGUCUCUUUGCGUGAGGUGUUUGUCAUUCCUCCAAGUCGACGAAGAAGACUCCACCACAGUUAAGUCACAAAAGCCCUCCCAACUCUGGCAGGUCCCCCAAAGAGGGCUGUUUUAAUGCUUGUGCACCAGUUCGCAUCUCUGGUGGUUGAACAAGGGCCGGAGGCCGGUGCACCUUGAGUGACGUCUGACUGCACACUGGUUCGCUGUGUCUCCAACUGGCAGUUCCACUAAGCAGUGGGUCAGUGGGUUCUUUUGCACUCUUGAAAUCUUGGGACUGUUGACUUAACUUAUGACAGUGGCAGACGGUCGGCUGCUGGAUCUACAGCGGUGCAGGAUGUUGUCCAUCAGCAAUAAUCGAGAAACCUGCCUCUCAGCUGUACCUUACAGAUCCAGAGGUUGGUUUGACCUCGUGGCACAUUGGGAGGGACAUUUUGAUGGAAGAGAUUGAUCGUUAAGCCUCAUGCUACAAAACAAGACAAGCAGGUUAUUGUCCUCACGCCUUUCGGAGUGUAUUCCCAGUCGCUGAGAUGAGACAACCGCCUCAAGCUUAGCCCAAGGGCCUAUCUGCCUUUCUUCCACGCACAUGGUUGAACAGGCCCAUGCUUGCAACAGAAAGGCGCCACAGUCCAUUUCAAGCAUUUCUCGGCAUCCCGACUUCAAGACAGAGGGCAAGGGAUCACGCACGGUGCGACGCCAGGAUGGCUCCAAGGAGUCGUGCAGGGUAAGUGCAGUGGGUAACACUGCAGUGUCCGUGAGCAGCAUGGUUCAGCUUGCUGCAUGCCAAGUUCGUUGUCGCUCCACGGCCGAACUUGUUCUGGAGUUUGUCAACAAUGGCAUGGACGUCAGCUCUCAGUUUUGUCAAAUGACAUUGGAUAAAGUCAAGUCCGUCAACGGACCGACAAGAGUCGAUGGACGUAGCAGGCUUCGCUUGGCCUGGCAGGCUCCGCGGCCGGUGCCCAACAAGCCAGUCAAUAUGUCAUGAGCAGAGGGUGAUCAGCACCAGCAUUGCCCAUUAUCUUGGCAUACCCUGCCAUGGGACACGGACCGCUUUGCGACCGGCUUUCUCGACCGGCGGACGGGUCGAGUGGCGCAGCCGUCCUGAGUGGCGCACAGCAGUGGGUCUCCGCAGCGAUUGGUAGAGCAGGUCCCACGUUGAGAUUUGGGGACCUGCUCAGUGCGGAUGAAGCUCUUUCGUAGCAAUGUUUGCUAUUAGAAACAAGUGCAUCGCUACUAGUAACAAGUGCCUUACUAGUAGUAACAAUGUUUGCUAUUAGAAACAAGUGCUUUCUCUUUCGUGGAAACAUGAAUGUCGUGUUUCCCACUUCGUGGCUCAUUGAACGAGCGUUUCUCUCUAGUAAGGUUCUCUUUGAUGGAUGCCAAGAAGUGCAAACUGUGGCGCACCAAGGUUUUGUGGUUUUACCCAUCAAACGAGGUAAUUCAUCUAAUCUGUGCAGGAAUACAGGCUGGACUUGCUGCGUGUGUUUUUUGGCCUACUUCGCAAUGUGUUUGGAGCAUCAACACCCCAAACACACCAGAAGAAUAUCUUCCGGUAGAUUAGAUGAUUAGAUUACUCCCUGUAGGCGAUUCUACGGCAUGUGUCAUGGGAGCCUUGAAAUCGACCAUGUCCCGGUCUGGAACGCCCGUGGCUGACGUGGAACAUGUAAUUCUUGCUGUCCAUCAAGAAUCUGUGGGCUAUGUCCACUUUUCCCACUAGGUGCCGCAGUUGUUUGCCGCCCCGGUGCGCAGAACGGCAGUGCAUCUUCGCGGUUGUCACACUGCUCAGGCAAGCUGAAUGUCACAGGGCAGUUCAAAGUGUAAGUGAGAGGAACUUAUUGGUUUCGCGUUAAGGUCUAUGUCUAUGUCGAGUCUAUGGGUGGGGUGUCUCAACCUGUCUUUUGGGCCACUGGACAUCCAAUGAUGUUUCUGGUUAAGCGGGCGCAGGUAAUUGCUCACUGAGUUCCAGUCCUACCUGCCAAUAGGGCCGCUGCAAGGAAAAUCCAGAGUCAAGCAGUUUUGGGGAAAGACGCCUUGAAGAGACCUGGGGUGUCUGAGAAUCCCAAAUUCGAGGCGCCGCUGGCUUGAUCUCAUGUACCCUACAAACAGAUACAAGCAUUGUCAGCAUUGUGGCUAUCAAUCGUGUCUUAUGAGAUGCCGUUCUAAUGAGAAGAUCACAGCCCGGAAGGUUGCAACACCAUCUAUCUGCAUAUGUUCCAAGACACCUACAGCAAUGCAUCAGCAACCCGUGUCGGGAGGCAGUGGUCUUAUUGCAGCAUCGAACUGUUUUUGUGGCGCCGCAAUUUGAAGCCAGGCUCACUUCCCCGCCUGGAUUCAUAUUACCACAAUUGAGCUGAAUCUUCUGAGGGGCUUUGGAAGCUUCGAGAGUCUAGCCUUCCCAGGAAAAAGCGCCUCGAGGAAAAGGUGGGUGUCUCUCAAACAUUGGAGCCGCCGUUGGUUUGACCUUGCCAACAUUGUAAGGUCCGAUCGCCGGGUGAUCCGACUGCCGUGUCUUGUGUGCCGACAACGCUUGCCAACAGCGUCUUUUGGGCCUAUUUUGUUGCGAGGCUAUUUUUUGAGCAUGGUGAGCAAGGCUUGAACGUCACUUGCCACACAUGCCAAAAAAUGGCAUGACGAUGUCUAAUAUUAAGAAGUUGGCCUCCAGAACAGGACCUGUGGCUACCAAUCCAUUGAAGACAUGUCCGUGGUGUAAUGCUGCAAUGCUGUAGACAAGGGUUUGGUUGUUCAAAGGUUUUGUCAGACUUGCAGGUGGAGUUAUUGUUGACAUCCCACGUCACGUGAUAAAAUCGCGAGAGGGGCUCCCACAGGAUGUUGCUGGUAGUGGACUGCACCCUUUUCUUUGCAUCCCACCUUGCCUCUCACCAAUGCGAACAGCAACAACUUGAACCACCGUUCUUGGUGGUUGGAGCAGGGUGACGUAACUCAUACAUAUUUACGAUGUAUGUGCAGAAGUUGCAGAACUUUAGCCAAUCUCAAUUUUUGCCCAAGAAAGAUCAAGGCAAGACAUAGACGACGUCGUCAAAUACAGCAUGAAAACCAUGCCAAGUAGGAGAUAUCGCCUCGAAGAUUCAAAUUUGAAGAUUCAAGAGGAGGUUCCCAAAAGGGGAAAGAUUUGCUUGUAGACUGACUCCCCGGUGGGGCACUCUGAGAGACAUAGCACAGAGAGGGCUUGUUUCAUGUUUUGGGCUUUGUUUUGACAUUAGUUUAGUGGCGAGUAGACUUGCAAAAGGAUUCCCAACCCCGAUGACUGCCACGCCGGUGCCAACAUAUGCUAACUGAUCCUAACAAAACGGCUACAAUUCCAACUUUGUAACACCCUAAUUGGCGAAGUUGCAGUGCCGAAAGGGAAUCACACAGCCUUCGCCAGUCCUGCGCUCGAAACCUGUGACACACCUGUUCAAAGCGCCGUUUCCGCCCGCUUUGCUUCCUGACAUGGUGCAAGGCACUAGAAGCCAAGUAGGUAGGUAGCCGCCAGGUAGCCAUUGAAAUCUUUGCCAGCUGCCUCCCAGAAUCGCAACUUGUGAAGACACAAACUUGCACAGUUUCGCGCCGUUGAUUUGGACAUUCUCAGAAACUUGUGCAUGUUUCAGUCACACACUGGGAUCAGACUUCCCAGUAUGAAAGUCCAACCCACCGGAAUAUCUACCAGCUGGCGUUAGGGAUCUUUGCAGGCCAGCAGGUGUGCCGAGUCAUUUGUUGAAGCCAGAGCCAGCUUGAAAUGAAACUAGGUCUCAAGGCCGUUGUCUUUCCUUGACAUAGCUGAUCUCAGUGGCGUUUUUGUUUCUAAGUUCCAACUCAAACCAGUCUCGCUGAGCAGUUCUGAGAGCAGACGAGCUUUGAGGCAUCGACCAUCUGGUCGAUGGCUCAGAGCACGGAGGUCGUGGUGGAAAGGCAGCAUGGAGGUCAUGCCUUAUCCAUGCUCAAAAUGCUGAGCAUUUUGAUUGAAGAGCGCUCAGAACAUCCUCCAAGUUUCAUGCUUCCUCUGAGCGAUUCCAACAUUUAGAAACGCAGCAAUUUCCAGCCAUAGCUUACAAUAGGGGUUUCUCAAGUUGGUUUGAUCGCUGCUUGGCCCGAGCAUGCCUGAAAGACCUGACGACUUUCCGAGCUUGUCAAAACGGCAGCCGGAUCGGCAAGGCUCAAACUUGCUCGGCAAGGCAUGGAGUGGUGCAGAGAUGUGAUUCAGAACAGCGUAAUGCAGCAAAAGGCGCCGAGAAGGUCCGCCACCAGUGACUUUCCGACCGCAAGGGGCAACCAUGAAGCUCCGAGAACUCACCCAAAACGCCAUGUUGCCACCAACGGAGAAAAGGCGCCUCAGGCGAAUUGCUGGUUCAGUUAAGUACGAAUCUUGAUUGAACUGAGUUAAACAUUUUUUUUUUGGGCUCGGGGUUUGUCAUGCAAGCUGGUCAAAACAUGGUAGGCGCGCCCCUAAGGGGCCGUGGUUUGUGAUGUUUUUAUUUUUGUCGUUUUGUUUUGUAAAAAUUGUGUUUUUCACCACGAUUUGGAUGUUUGUACAUGGAGAGUCUUUUUUGGGAGGUGGCCAAAGUGCUGUAAGGGUUGCUCGGAACCUUCGUUCUUGUAAGUUUCGCUACAGUUUCGAUCAGUUUUGACUAUCCAAGAGUUUCGAAGGACUUUCUUUACGUUCUCUAGCGAAUCGAAACAAAAAGCGAAGCGACAUGUGAACAAAAGCGACACGACAUGCAACGCAACACGCGAAAAGCGACGCGAAACUGCC